GCAGAGCGGGCUGGCGAGAAGAGAUGGCGUCCCUCGCAACAAAGAGUAAUGGACGCUGAACGAAAACCUAAUUGAAGAGUUUUCUCUGUUUUUCCAAAUACAACAGUGACGUCCGCAAUGGCUACGGCUAGAAAAACUUCAAGGAAAUCAUCAACUACAUCUAUAUCAUCGUCAGUCGGACCAACUGUUAGUUUGGAAUGGGAGCCAGUUGUACCGUUAGGUCCAAGAGCGGCCUUUCAUAUCGGGGCUGUGAUCAGAGGGGCCCUAUAUGUCCAUGGAGGGAUUUUAGAAAGUGGGUCAACAAAACCAUCAAAUCAACUCUUCAGAAUGGACCUCACAUCAACGAUGUGGGCUGAGCUCCGAACCCCCGGCAGUCCGGCUCUAAGCCACCACGCAGCCGUUGUCUCAGAGGACAGGUAUCUGAUCCUUAUUGGUGGCUGGGAUGGAAAGAGGAGGACGGCUGAUGUCAAUGUUUUCGACGCUCAAGAAGACAAAUGGUUGAAGAUGGAGCACACUGGCUUCCCUGAAGGUGCUGGGCUGAGCUCACAUACGGCCUGCCAGCUGAUCAAUGGGGACGUUAUCAUCGUAGGCAGAGAGGGAAGCCUCAGGAUACAGAAAAAACAUGGCAAUGUUUUCAUCUUGAGUGGGAAUGUUCUGUCUGGGGCAUUCAGGUACAGAGAGUAUAGCAGAGAAGCAACGUCAAGGUCAGGACACACGGCCGACAUUGUUGGAAAUGAAAUAUUUAUUAUCGGCGGGAGGGAUGACAAAUUGUUGGAAAAGGCUCAGGGUUUUAAGGGAACAGCAAGGAAUCAAUGUAGUGUUAUCUCCAAAAUUUUAGAAACAUUGCAUGGCAGACUACAAUCUCCCAUGUCAAAACUUCCGUGUGGAAGAAAAAAUCAUAUAACAGCAGCAGGGGGGAAUUGCUUGCUGGUCCACGGUGGUGAAACGUUCGAUGGUCGAAGCCGUGAGCCUGUCGGUGAAAUGUUUCUGAUUUCCCUCAAGUCACCAACUGUGUUCUACAAGCUCAACACGUCUGUCGUGGGCAGGGCCGGGCAUGUUUGUUUUGUCUUGCCCAAUAAAGUUUUGUUCCAUGGGGGUCUCAGUGGGAAGUCAACAGUGCUGGCUGAUUUGUACCAGCUGAAGAUUAUGGCUUAAGGGGAAAGAUUGUUCGCACUUGGAGGAUAUAAUGUAUAUUGUAAAACAUGCUACUGAAUGGGUUCAUUUUCAGGUCACAGGGGUGAUCAUCCAAGCCUUUCCUUCUUGAACUGUUCAAGACGUGUACAUCUGAGCUCCUUUGCGUCGACUGCUAGAUAUACACCAUGUAUGUCGAGUCAUGCAUUUGAUCCAUUGAAGGGUGUGUAAGGGCAGUCACAUUCAGGUGUGUGCUCCGGCCCAUCACGUUAAAGAUAGUAGGAGGAAGACUUGUCUCCCUCGAAUGCCUCAAUUUAUGGAAUGGAAAAUGAAAUUAAACCCGUUGGAAUAGGAGAAAAAUCAAUCCAUGCCACAAGAUAUUACUGUAAACUGAUAUUAAAUAUUCAAUGUACCCUAUAUUUUGUAAGAUCUUACAGUUGGCACAUUUCUGUCUUUCAUUCUAAAGUCAAGCUUGAGACUGGAAGAAUUUCACUGGUUUAAGUAUUUUACUGAAAUGUGCUCUUGUAUUAAGGUGUGUCAGACAGUAGAGUCUGUUCAAACUCUGGUUUAGCUGUACUCUCAGUUUAGAGAGAUUACUCAAAUGGCAAAGAAAAAAAUUAGGGGAACUACUUUCUUUCAGUUUCCCCCUAAGUUAUGAUGAACUGUGUUCUUUAAGCUUUUUAAGUGGACUUCACAUAUCUUAAGAGAGUGAGACAUAGACAGACAAAUGGACUGAAAGUAUUUAUAUUUUACAGUUGACCAAAAGGAACUGCUCAUACCUUGAUGUGUAGACUGCACUUUUGGAGCUCAUUUUUGUAUUUAAAUGAAGAGGUAAACUUAUCUGAAUCUCAUCCUCCUGGAGUCUGUGCUGCAGUAUGUAAUGUAACACGUGUAGUACAGUACGAGUUUCCCUGUCAGUUACUGUAGGUAGAGAUGAAAUGUUGUUUGUAGUGCAAAGAAUUGCUUUAACCCCUUCACUGCCAGCCACAACACUCUUGAACUAUUAGGUGGAGUUACAGAGCAGGACUGGCAGUGAAAGGGUUAAAUAGUUUGUUUUAUUAAAGAAGAUUUUGUCUUUCAGCCUACUCAUCUUCUAUUCAUGAUUGCUUUUACAUCUGACAGUUAAUCUUUGUACAUGGCCAUCCCACUUUAGGGCAAUUUUUUGUGUGACAGAAAUGAUUGGUAGUGUUUGAUGCACCCCAUUGACACAACUCAGUUGGGUAGAAUUAUCAUUUCUAUCAUUUCAGUCAGACGUGGGGGCUUCAACCCUGCCCCCCCCCCAACCCCCAGGAUACAACAUCCUAGGAGAUGGAGGUGGAGAAAGUCAAAUAUUUGUUAAUUCCCAAGCGUUGAACCCAUGUCUUUUGUGUGCAGUGGCAAUGAGCCUUACCAUUGCACCACAGAAAUACCAACUGAGUUGUUGUCUGUAGUGAAAGGUAUUGUGUCAUAGAUUAUGUUUUGUAAGUUUUGUCUUUCAGCACACUCGGGUCUUCCAUUCAUGAUGUUGUUUUGUUUGUUUGUUUGUUUGAGUAAAGAGAAGCAAAUCAACUGAAAAAUGGUCAUUUAAUGGUGUCUUUUUUUUAGUUUUCACAUUGUGUUUAGAUGAUUUGAUGUCAUUUUCUUUCUCCUUACAUGGCUGUUGCUGUGAAAAAAGGGUUGUUUUUUAAAUAAUAAACUUAUAAACUACUGAA